AUGAACUUGGUAUGGACUGCUAUGACAUGGCAAGUGUUUAGCAUUGGGGCUGUUGGGCUGAUUUUUAAGGUCUCUUCACUGUUCUCCAAUGUCAUAAGCACCUUGGGUUUGCCCAUUGUUCCGGUUCUUGCCGUUUUCAUUUUCCAAGACAAGAGUGGAUUGAAGGCCUGGGAAGAAGAAGUCGGAAGCAAAGUCACUCCUAAAGUGGGCAAACCAACUAUGGAUGCAUCUAAAAAAUCUGUCAAAGUUUCGAAUCCGCAGACCCAUCAUGGUGAUGUUGUUUCUAGUAAUUGUGGGCAAAAGGAAGAUGUUUCUCCAGCGAACCAUGCUAACACCAUUGGGUGA